UCAGCACCCCCAAACGUGGAGAGUAUUUGCCGGCCUGGUGUGGAGUACGCGCAGUGCCCAAUCAACCCUUGCCUUGUAGAAAGGUGCUUGGCUUUUCCUAAUGCUACCUGCAAGCCCAACUACUGUGGAGGUUGUCAAGCAGUCUUCACAAUUGAUGACGCCGAAGUCAGCUGCACAGAAGGUGAUGCUGAGACCGACACUGGGACUGCAAAAGUCCACUUCAACGCCGGUCCAUGCGUGGGAGGCGAAUGCAAGCCAGACUGCGCUACACGUUGCAUUGGAGACGAUGGGUGCGGCGGCUUUUGCAAAGCGCCACAGGGCAAUGACUGCACUGACUGCUGCCUACAAGACAGUGUGUUCCGCAGCACCUACGCUCCCGGAGGAGGGCUUCCAGAAUGUUAUCAAUGGUGUUUGAGCAGAAGCGAUAGCUUUUUCGGAUACCUAUCCCAUACAGGUUUACCGCUCCCAAAAG